CGGGGCGACCGAGAUGGCGGCCUCCGGGGGCCUAGAGGGGCCCUGGGCGCGCACUCGCCCUUCCGGCUGGGCGUUUAGUUAGUGACCAGCCCCUCGGUGUUCGGCAGAGCGUGGGUUUCAGCGAGUUCUACAUGCCAGGUCCGCCCGGUGCCGGCUUCCUCGCUGCCCCUGGCGGCUUGUCACCUCCCACUUCCCCUGAACUUGGUCCCAAUGGCGGCCCGCCCCUCCUUCACCCGGACCGUGGGCAUCUGGGCCUCGCCGAAGCCGCCAAGGUGGUUACUCUGGCUUCUACAGCCCGGGUCCAGCCCUUUGCCACCGAGGCCUGAUACUCUUUUCUGCCCUAAAGAACUUGCCCUGACAGCCUCUCGCUCCCGCUCCUGAGGAUCUUGCUUGUCCAAACCCAGAAGACAGUGCAUGAAGCCGGGAGACAUCCGCCAUGCUCCAAGCAACUUGGCCUCAGGAGUCAGUGACCUUUGAGGAUGUGGCUGUUUACUUCACCCAGAAUCAAUGGGCCAGCCUCGACCCUGCGCAGAGGGCCCUAUACGGGGAGGUGAUGCUGGAGAAUUAUGCAAAUGUGGCUUCCCUGGUAGCGUUUCCAUUCCCCAAACCUGCUCUGAUCUCCCACCUGGAGAGAGGGGAAGCACCAUGGGGCCCAGAUCCCUGGGACACCGAGAUUCCGAGAGGCAUCAGUCAAGGUGGUGAGUCCUGGAUCAAAAAUGAAGGGCCAGUUAUAAAGCAGGAAGCCUCUGAAGAAACAGAGUUGCACAGAAUGCCGGUAGGAGGACUUCUCAGGAACGUUUCUCAGCACUUUGAUUUUAAAAGCAAGGCAAUGCAGCAGACUUUCAAUCUAAAUCCAAACCUGAUACUUCGAGGUGGAAUGAAGUUCUAUGAAUGUAAAGAAUGUGGGAAAAUCUUCCGAUAUAACUCAAAGCUCAUUCGGCAUCAGAUGAGUCACACUGGGGAAAAGCCCUUUAAGUGUAAGGAGUGUGGCAAAGCUUUCAAGUCCAGCUAUGACUGUAUUGUACAUGAGAAAAACCACAUUGGAGAAGGGCCCUAUGAAUGUAAGGAGUGUGGCAAAGGUUUGAGUUCCAACACAGCCUUGACUCAGCAUCAGAGGAUCCACACUGGAGAGAAACCCUAUGAAUGUAAAGAGUGUGGGAAGGCUUUCCGUAGGAGUGCGGCCUACCUGCAGCAUCAGAGAUUACACACGGGAGAGAAACUCUAUAAAUGCAAGGAAUGUUGGAAAGCUUUCGGUUGUAGGUCACUUUUUAUUGUCCAUCAGAGAAUUCAUACUGGGGAGAAACCUUACCAGUGUAAGGAGUGCGGCAAAGCCUUCACUCAGAAAAUAGCCUCCAUUCAGCAUCAGAGAGUUCACACUGGGGAGAAGCCUUAUGAAUGUAAGGUGUGUGGGAAAGCCUUCAAAUGGUAUGGAAGUUUUGUUCAGCAUCAGAAAUUGCACCCUGUGGAAAAGAAGCCGGUCAAGGUUCUUGGGCCAUCCCUAGUCAGUCCCCAGUGCCCCUCUCCAGCCUUACCUCCUGUUCUUCUCCAGGGAUCCUGUUCUGCUCCAGCUGUGGCUGUGCCUUCACUGACCUUUCCACAUGCUGUGCUCAUUCCUACCUCUGGGAAUUUGUUCAUGCUGCUGCCUACAUCUGGAAUACCUUCUUCGUCUGCCCAAAUAGUGCGUGUCUUCCAGGAUCUUACUCCCACUGUGAAACCUUCCCCAGUAAUUCUCACCCCUUCUUCUCACUCCUCAUGAGCUUUAUCUUGGCAGUCUUAUGGUUCUUAUGCCCAGUAAAUCUCCAACCUAAUUUUUUUUUUUUUGAGACAGGGUCUUGCUCUGUCACCCAGGCUGGAGUGCAGCGGUGUGAUCUUGGCUCACUGCAGUCUCCACCUCCUGGGUUCAAGCGAUUCUCUUCCUUCAGAUUCCCGAAUAGCUGGGUUUACAGGCACACAUCACCACCCCCAGCUAAUUUUUGUAUUUUUAGAAGAGACAGGGUUUUGCCAUGUUGGCCAGGCUGGUCUCAAACACCUGACCUCAAGUGAUCUGCCUGUCUUGGUCCCCCAAAGUGCUGGGAUUACAGAAGUGAGCCACUGUGCCCGACCUCCAACCUAAUUUGAGUUUCAUUCGUAUUUUUUUCCUCACCUUACAUGUGUUACAGCUGUUUCAACAUAAAUUCCAUUAUCAUCUAUAUACAUUUAAAGACCAUGCUUAUAUAAUCUCUUCUGGGUAGAAAAUGGAAAUACUGAACCUUUGCUUUAGUCCCUUUCAGGCUUGAACAACAGUGGCUGUAUCUGCAUCGUGGGGUUGCUGGUGGUAGAACACUUUGGUGUUAGGAAAGUUUGGAAAAGAGGAUAUCCCUGUAUUAGGCCAUUAUGAUUAGAGAUAAGCAGCCUGGGAGAAAUGUACAAGACCUGUGGCUACUGGUAGAGAAUUGGAAUAAGCUUCCAACAAUGGACCGUAGAGAUUAAUGGAGAUUGUUUAGUGGGCCCAUGGCUAGGUGAGGUAUUAAUACAGUUGAAGUUAUGUUGCCCUUGGCACACAUCUUUGAGAAUCUCGUACAUCUAUGCAAAAGAUAGUGUGAAAUAAACAGUAAAAAAAA